AUGGACUGCACUCAGGCGCAAAAGGUUCGUUAUGGUAUUCAUAUGCUUGCAGUCAAAGCUGAUGACUGGUGGUUAGAGACUCAUCAGAGAUUCGAAGUUGCUAGUGAAGAGAUCACUUGGAUUGUUUUCCGCAGAGAGUUUCUGAGGAAGUAUUAUCCGGAAGAUGUUCGGGGUAAGAAGGAGAUUGAGUUCCUUGAGCUGAAACAGGGUAAUAUGUCAGUGACAGAGUAUACUGCAAAGUUCACUGAGUUGGCCAAGUUCUACCCGUAUUAUGAGGGAGCAGGUGCUGAGUUUUCAAAGUGCAUCAAGUUUGAGAACGGAUUGCGCUCUGAGAUCAAGAAAGCUGUUGGGUAUCAGAAGAUUCGUAUCUUUCCUAAUAUGAUUGGUAGUUGCAGGAUUUAUGAAGAAUAUCAUAAUGCACAUUACAAACUUGUCAAGGAUAUGAGAGGUAAGCAGAACCGUAGCACACCUUAUGAUGCUCUAGUUGGAAAGGGAAAAGUAGAAGUGGCUAAUGGCAAGAAAACUAGUGGGGGAGGAGCUCCUGCUAGCUAG